AUGAUGACGAUCGAGGGCGAGCAUCAUGCGAGCGAGGCACCGGAAGUGGGCAUGAUUGACUUGGGUGAUUUCCAUAUCGCGGUGAUACCCCCUGGGAUACGGGCGAUUGUCGACGACUGCGAGGUCCUGUCGAGCAUCGAACAACAAACCGAGCAGGCGAUUUUGUUCGUCGAAAAGACGAAGCUCUGCCGGCUAUCGCAGUUCUCGGCCCUUUCAACCACGGUAAAAAGUCUACUGUUCGAACACGACAAUCCCGCGACUCGGGUAUGUCCAAAGCUGUGGGAUUUCUUCGCGACGCGGAACCUGGAGGAGCUGCAGUUCUGGGAACGUCAUCUGCCACCCGCGGCACAGCACAGCUUCCCGAUCACGUUGAACCCCACAGCCUGGGAGAAGAGUAUGUAUUUGCACCGCACGUGGCUGCGACUGCUCUAUCUUGGAACAUCAUACGCCGCAGUAAUGGAGGAGAUGAGAGACAUCGGUGACCCGGUCUUGUUCCCGUUUGUUGGUGAGUACUCGACCAUGUUGGAACAGUACCUCGUUGGCAUCACGGAUAUGUUCGAGGAGAUCUAUAGCCUUGGCAUGUCGACGUUUCUUCCUGGUCCGGCGGUUGCGCUUCUGGUUCUUGCCCUCACGUACCAUCGCCGGCUACUGGACCGACAAGGUGGUGGAACACCGAAAAGCGCGCUCAAGUUGCAUCAAUGUUGGAAUAUUGUACAGAGGCUCCGGGAUACUUCGGUGUUGGCGAAAGGGAUGCAGGCAUCGGUUGCACAUACGAAUGAGCCAGAUCCUUGGGAGAGACUGGCGAUGGGCCUGUCGAUUCCGUGA